AUCAAAACUAUUAUUCAAAUAUAAAUUCCUCGGAGUUUUCUUAAUAUAUCCAUUCACAAGAUCCCAGAUAGACUCAGAACAGAUACGAAGUUAUGGCGGCGACAUAUACUAUCAAAGAACAAAUGGAAGGGUUCCCCUUGUUCCAAAUGAUCAUCAUAGGUUGUUUGCGUCUAAGUGAACCCAUUGCUUUCACAUCCAUGUUUCCCUAUAUCUAUUUCAUGAUUAGAAGUUUUGGUGUGGCUAAAAAUGAAGCUGAAACUUCAAGAUAUAGUGGUUAUUUGGCUUCAUCAUUUGCCUUCAGUCAAUUCAUAUCGACGGUCCAAUGGGCAAAAUUAUCGAAUCGAUAUGGUAGAAAAUCAAUUUUAUUACUCGGAUGUCUGGGAACUGCUAUAUCCAUGUUAGUGUUUGGCUUUAGUACCAAUUUUUAUAUGGCUAUGUUUGCUAGAGCUCUUAUGGGAUUACUUAAUGGUAAUGUGUCAAUCAUUAGAACUACCGUGGGUGAAAUUGCUCAUGAAAAGAGACAUCAAGCUUUAGCAUUUUCAAAUUUGACUUUAUUAUGGAGUCUUGGUAGAUGUGUUGGAGGUUGGUUAGGUGGUUAUUUAACUGAUACCGAUAAACUUAAUCUUUCUCCUGAUCCUAAUCAAGAACCAGUAAAAGCAGAUCCUAAUGCUCCAUUUUUUGAUAAACAUCCAUUUGCAUUUUCAAAUAUCGUGGUGGCUAUUAUACUAUCGUGUUUCAUCAUUAUUGGGUUCUUAUUCUUAGAAGAAACUCAUGAUGAUUAUAAACAUAAAAGAGAUAUUGGAUUGGAUAUGGGAGAUUUCAUAAGAAAAAGAUUAGGUUUCACACCCCCUGAUAGACCAUGGAAAUCUCAAAGAUAUACAAAUGAUUUUGAACAAAGUGAGUUCUUAAUUGCGGAAGAAGAUGAUGAAGAAAAUACAGAAAAUCUUGAAUUACAAUCCUUCCCAUAUGAUGAAGAAGAUAAUAAAAAGGAAUCUAUCAAACAUGAAAUCAUGCAAAAGGAAAACUCUCAAGAUUCUGCAUCACCACCAACAUCAUCAGCAUCUUCUACCAAUGAUGAAAACGAAGAUGAUAGUAUUAGAAAUUUACCUGCUCAAGUGGUUCAUGUCAUUUGUAAUGAUUUUAUGAUUAAAUUUCUGAAUAUUAUUUAUGCUGAAUUUUUCCCCGUUUUCUUAGCUAAGGUUAUUUCAAUCGACGAUCUUAAAUUCCCUUUCCAUAUUAGAGGUGGAUUUGGAUGGAAUUCAGAUGCCAUUGGUUGGUUAUUAUCAUUUACAGGAUUAUUAGGAGUAUUUGUCGUAUCAUUCUUAUUCCCGGUCAUAACGAAAUUCUUUCAACCGAAAGCUGCGUAUAAGAUUGGUUUAUUAUGUUAUCCCUUCAUUUAUUUUUCAAUCCCACUAUAUAUUUUUACUAUUCCCCAAUAUUAUCCUGGAAUUCAUCCAUUUGUUUCAAAGGCGUUAUUAUACUUCACAGCUUGUUUAACGUCGUUUUCAUCAUCAUUAACUGCUUCACAAGGGAUUAUUUUAAUCCAUAGAGCUUCUCCUAAACGUCAAAGAGCGUUGAUCAAUAGUUAUAAUAUGAGUAUGGCUGCUCUUUCAAGAUGUGCGGGCCCCAUUUUAUUUGGGUGGAUCAUUUCUCAUUUUGAAAUAAUGGGGUAUGAAGGAUUUUCUUGGUGGACACUUGCUUUAUUUUCAUUGUGUGCUUUGUUUUACUCAUUUAAAUUAACAGGUGAAGAGUAUGAAGGGAAUUGAUUUCUUUACAUUUGUGUUAUAGUUACACCAUUUGGUUUUGUUGUAUACGUUUACUAAUAGAGAUUUAUUUUAUUUAUUAUAAUCACUGUCAAUACUGUUUGUAAUUUGGUGUCUCAUAAAGCUAUAUUAUUAAUGAACCCACGACUCCUGAACACU